ACACAACGCACACACUGUAGGAUCCGCACCGCAGACCAAGGCCCGGGCGGGGGGACGCGGCAUGGCUGGGUGGGGCGCGUUCCGCGCAACGCGCGCGGCGUGGAAGAAGCGGAAGGGGCCGAUGCUGAUGCCGGGGCUGCUGGAGGAGCAGCAGCUCGCCGUGGCUCGGCAGCCCGAACGUGUGCUUCGGAACCGAGGCUUGGUGGAGAUCGGGCAGGUGUGCCUGCCGAACGCGCUGCAGCAAUCGAUAAAAGCCAUCGUCUCGGAAGGCGCUACCAGUUCCGCGCAUGUGCACCGCGGCGUGCGCCGGCUGAUGUCCGCCUACGAGGCGUUCUUCCGCGGGUGGCCGCAGCCGUCCGCGGAGCGCCUGGUGGACGACACGCGGGAGCCUCCGCUGGUGCGCGAGAUGGACGUGGGGCGCAUCCCGGACGCGCGGAUGGCGCGGCUGUGGCGCGGAUGGGAGAAGAACUCGUGGGGGAAGGGCGGGGAGGAGAGCGGGGAAGGGGGAGCGGGGGAGAGAGCUGGGGAUACGGCGGGGGAAGGAGCGGAGAGGGGGAAAGGGGGAGGGAGGGAGCGGAUGGGGGGAGGGAGGGGCGUGGUAGAGUAUGGGGAGACGGAGGCACUGGCGUACAUUGCGGCAAGGAUGCCGUCGUCGUAUGCUGCCGUCUUCCGCGCACUCACUGAGGUGAAGCGGCGCCUGCCCUCCCUCACGCCCGCCUCUCUGCUUGACUUCGGAUCCGGACCCGGCACCGUGCUGUGGGCAGCCAGCGAGGUGUGGGGCGGCACGGUGCAGCGCGCCGCAGCAGUGGAGCCGUCUGACGCCAUGUGGGCCAUGGGAGAGAGGGUGCGGGCAGAAGCAGCGCUAGGCCCCAAGCCCCCCCGCGCCCUGCCGCCUGUGGCGCGCUACUCCAGCCUGCAGGAGCUGUCGCGCAAAGCACGGGGCGAUGACCGGGUCUUCGAUGUGGUGGUGGCGGCGUAUGCGCUGGGCGAGGUGGAGUCAGUGGAUGUGCGGCGGGGGAUAGUGGACCGCCUGUGGAGCCAUGCGAGACAUGCGCUGGUGCUCGUGGAGACCGGCAACCCGCGUGGCUAUGAAGCAAUAGUCAAGGCGCGCGCACACAUACUGCACACAGAGAGAGCGAGAGCAGCACGCAUGGCAGACAGGGGUCCCAGCAAGAACGCCCCCCACCCCUCCAAGCCCGUGCUGCCCCCCGGCGCUCAUGUGCUCGCCCCUUGCCCCCACGACGGCCACUGCCCCAUGCACGGCACGGUCAGCUGGUGCCACUUCUCUCAGACUCUUCAGCGCUCUGCAGUGCAGCGCAUAGCCAAGCGGGCGGCAGGGCAGCCGAUAACGGGCAGCACGGAGGAGGAGAAGUUCUCAUACGUGGUGCUCAGGCGAGGCGUGAGGCCCGAGGUGGUGGCGCCGCUGCAGCAGAUAGCGCACUUCCGGCGCGAGGAGAAGGACAGGGAGGAGAGGGAGGAGGCUGAGAAGGAGGCCAAGCGGCUGGCAAAGAAGCAAGCCAAGUGGGGGCCGACGGUGCGCCUGAUACCCCUGGAGGAGGAGCCGGUGAGCGCAGAGGCAGGAGGACAGCAGCGAGGGGGGCACCAAGAUGGAGAGGAGGCAGCUGAGGGAGAGGAGGGGACGGCGGCGGAGGAGGAGGAGGAGGAGGAGGAGGAGGAGGAGGAGGAGGAGGAGGAGGAGGAGGAGGAGGAGGAGGAGGAGGAGGAGGAGGAAGAGGAGUGGGGAGAUGAGGAUGAGGAAGAAGAGGAUGACGUUCGACCAAAGCACACUCCUGUCGCCUCUGCUAGCGAUGGGGGUAGGUGGGUGGAGGGCAGUACAGGUGAUGAAACCGCCGGUGACAGCAGCAUUGAUGACCUGGAAGACGAUUCCGUGGACCCCUCACUAGCCACUGACAACCCGCCACGUGGCGAUCGGUUUGCCAACCUGAGCCCCGAGUGGAGCAGAGUGAUCCGUGAGCCGAGGCGGCGGGGGCAGCAUGUGAUAGUGGACGUUUGCGCAGCCGUGGACGGCAGGGGGCGCAGGGGCGAGCUGCAGCGGCUGCUCUUCUCCAAGGCUGCUGGGCGCGUGGAGUACCGGUUUGCGAGGAAGGUGAAGUGGGGAGAUCUGUGGCCCAGCUCAGGGGAGGAGGAGGAGGGGAAGAGGGAAGCCAAGGGUGCAAGUUCAAACAUACAGGGCUGAAUAGCGCUCUUUCAGUGUACCCUUGUCAUUAUGGUUGGGAAUAGACUUGGUUGGGUGUAUCACGUACAAAUUGAAUUCACAACCUUGAUCCAUUGACCGCACGUAGCGUACAAUGAUCUACCUGAUCUAUUCCAGGGGAAUCCGCCUCAUGGUUUCGGAAUAUCAAGAUUUGUGUAAUACUCGCUUUACAUAUUCCAUU